AUGCUGAUUCCCGACGAACCGACGGGCCUACUGGGAAAUCUUCAGAUGGCUAUCUGGGCCUCCCGCAUGCAUUAUACGUAUGAGGCGCAUGAGCGCACGCGUCGAAGAUCCUGGUGGGAGACGAAUCGUAUUAUUCCUUUUGUCCUUGGUAACGGGUUGACUGCAGUUGCAGCUGCAGCUAACCCUGCUACCGCGAUAACUUAUGCAGCUGGGUUCCUGAUCAUGCAUUAUUCCAAUACUGGUGACCCACUAUGGAACGCAGUCUGUCGUGGGAGAUUAUCCUUGUGGAGGCAGCGAAACGGCCGACUCAUUGAGAGGUUUGAGAGGCUAAGAGAACUGACGGCAGAGCUAGAGCAGAAGCUUGAGCAGACACGGGGACAGACGCAGGCAUCGACGUGA